AAGAAUAUGUCAAACACGAAAAUCAAGGCGGUCUUCUUUGACUUCAUGGGUACAUGCCUGGACUGGCACAGUGGAGCGAUCGGAGUAUUACCGCAAUCAAUCCCUGAAAGUGACAGAUCGAAGCUCGCUCUGGAAUGGCGACAUGACUACUUCGAUGCCAAUGCCGCUCGUCUUGCCGCCAACCAGCCUCCAGAAGAUAUCGACGUUACUCUCCUCAACACACUGGAAGCAUUGCUGGACAAGCACCCAGACCACAAACACCUGUUUGACGAGCCGACAAAGGACACAUGCGUCAGCGUGUGGCACUCAAUGCCCGCUUGGCCGGAUGUCCCCGGCGCCGUCGAGCAGCUGAAGGAAGCAGGAUAUGAGGUGUUCGUCUUUGCGAAUGGUACGCCGAGGUUACAGCUCGACCUGUGUAAAUCGUCGGGUCUAAAGUUCCACAUGCUGUUCUCCAGCGAGUUACUAGGAGUCUACAAACCUGCGCCAGAGAGCUACCAGAAGACACUGAGUUUGGUAAAAGUGAAGCCGGAGGAAUCGGUCAUGGUUGCUGCGCAUGCCUAUGAUACUCGAGGUGCGAAGGAAGCAGGAAUGAGGACGGUGUAUGUUCACAGGUGGACUGAUGAUAUCAAUGAGGACAUGGAAGUUGUGGACGGAGAAAACGACUUCUUUUUGGAGGAUAUGACCGACCUCGCAGAGGUUAUCGCACACUUCUAAGCAAGACAAACAUCGGAGUCGACUAUGCACCUACAUGUAUGCUAGCCGUCCUCAUCCCUUGCU